AUGCGUUUCGCUCUUGUUUCCGCUCUCCUCAUUGGUGCCGCCGUCGCGGGUGGUGUUGCCCCCCCGGCUGGCUCAACUGUCACCUCGACUGCCGUUGCCACCAUCACUUCGUGCCCUCCGGAUACUCCUGACUGCCCUGCCGCCACUCAGGUCACCGACCGUCUAGCCGACAAACCUAUCAUUUCCGUCAUCGCCAUUAGCACCACCGGAAGUCCUGCUAACGAAACCACAGCUCCUCCCCAACAGUCAGGCUCUGAGGCUCCCCCCAAGCCAAGCCAGCCCUCCAGCCCGGAGAAGCCCAGCAAGCCUUCCAGCCCUGAGCAGGCCCCUCCCGUCACUGUCACCGUCACCGUGACUGCUCCCUGCGAGACCAAGCCCGGCGUCCCCGGAAAGCCCACCAAGCCUACUCCUUCAGGCACCGGCACCGGCUACUACCCCACUGGCCCGUCCAAGCCCGUCUACCCGACCGGCUCCGGCGCUCCCCCCAAGCCGACCAGCCCGCCUAAGUUCACUGGUGCCGCUAACUCUGUCACCGGCGGUGCUUUCGUUGCUGGUGUUGGUGCUUUCGCUGCCUUCUUCCUGUAA